GGACUGACUAAACUCAAAUCCUCAAGGUCGCUCCCAAAGAUGCCUAGUAUAAGCAGCGGGUGAUUAGAUCCUCCUGCUAAAAUGUGAUAUAUGAUGUGUUCUGCUAAAGUUGCCGACGUUAUUCCAGCUGUUGUCGCCUGGAGUCUUAUAGUAGGUAUCACGGCGGUAUACCUCACCUUCAUUUGCUUCCAGUUCGCAGCAACUUACUCCUGGUCUAUAUUUGUUCUUCAUGCUAUCCUAGUUUUCUAUGUGUUAUGCUGUCUAACGCGAACAACUUUCAUGGAUCCUGGUUAUUUUCCUUUCGGUAGGUGAUCUCUCUUUACAUUUAUCUCUCGCCAGCAACGGAAGGAGAGGCUGAAUAUGAAGAAACCAAAUCUGCUCCUGUUCAUCGUGAAUAUAAUAUUAAUGGAGUAUUGGCCAAAGUCAAGUGGUGCAGUACAUGUUUGUUCUACCGUCCCCCAAGGUGUUCACAUUGCUCUAUUUGUAACCGGUGUGUGGAUACUUUUGAUCAUCAUUGUCCUUGGGUCAAUAACUGUAUUGGAAAAAGAAACGCGCGUUACUUCUUCAUGUUCUUAAUUUCGCUUACACUUCAUAUGAUUGCCGUGUUUAGUAUAACCCUAGCAUCAUUAUUACUUAACGAUCAGCCUAUCGUAUUCUAUACAAAUAUUAUACGAAUUAUUACACUUUCUCUAGUUGGUGUUAGUUUUAUUCCGGUUUUUGGACUAACUUCAUUCCAUGUAUAUCUAAUAUCCCGAGGAAUGACAACCAAUGAACAGGUUACAGAUAAAUUUCGUGGACUGUUAAAUCCAUUUACAUUGGGUUGUUUGUUAAACUGGCGGAGGUUUUGUUGUGAACCUCAAUUUCCUCGUCGUUAUUUGGAAGUAGUCCCAACCAAAUCCCGUCGUAUUAAAUAUUUUAAAUUGAGAAAAAGUAGAUUUAGCAAAUUCAAUCAUUUCAUGAUUAGUAGCGGUGGCGCUGAACCCGGGUGUACUGAUGAUGCCGUUAUCAAUACAUACACAGAAUCAAAUCAUAAACUACUCAUGGAUCAUAUACAUAGUACAACUACCAGUGAUAAUAUUAAUCAUAAUUAUAGUACUGAGAAAGACACUAUGCUUGACAAUACUGAUACUAAAAUGCCUAAUAUCAACAGUAAUACAUUCUAUGACAAAAAAUCACUUGGUGGUGGGAAAUAUUUAUACACUUUAAAAGUUCCACAAAACCAUUCACAUCAUCAUCCACGUCAACAAUUAACUAACCAAAAUCAGGGUAGUACUCGAUCAACAAAUCAGUUGAUACCACGUGGACCAUUAGUUUGUGAUAAUGAAGAACCAUUAUCUUCGAUUAUUAAUAAUUUAACAUCAAAUCGUAAUAAUGUAAUGACAACAGCGAUAACAACAGCAACAACACUGACUGGAAACCAUAAAUUGGAAGGUAAUAAUGAUACUUGCUCAAUUAAUGAACAAAAUCUACCAUGUACUAACGCUAGGCCAUCCGCUGAUUCACUCGGUACUUUAGACAGUGCAUAUCAACCACAUCAUCAAAAUUCAUGUAAUAACGGCGGCAAAGUAUUGGUAGACACUGCCAGUAUUAGUCUUUCAGGUUGGAGUGAAGAUGCAGUUUCGCUGAAAACAUUAGAUCGUCUUAUCGGUAUUACACGUCAUCAUCAUCCAACGAUUGGAGGAAAUGACAGUGCAAUUGCCACAAGUAUUGGUGGGGGUGGGGGUGGUGGAGGUAGUAGUGGUCCAACUUAUUUAACUGUUGAACGUAUUCAAGAAAAUGGGGAAUCACUGAUAGAUUCUUCAACUUCCGUUCUAGAUCGAAAUAUUUCAACUGAUCAAGAUUCAACACACUUCUUUAAUUUUAACGGUUCACAUAUAAAUGGUUAUACGGGUAUAUUACCUACUUCUACAGCUGAUUCAAUCAGUCAACAUUUUACACAUACACUACCUCUUUAUCAACAAAAUAUUGUACGUUCACUUGGUGAGAAUGACUCCUACUGUAAUUUCUAUGAUGGAAGUGUGACAGGUGUUAUUGGGAAUGAAACCAGUGGAACUGUUGGAGUCAAUGUUAUACCACCAUCUAUUAACUCUUUAUCGAAUACGUUCAAUCAUGUAGAUAAUUCUUUAUCAGUUAAUGAUAAUUAUCAUGUUAAUUACUCAAACACGAACGAUAAUAAUUCUUUAUUCAAUUCUAAUCCAUUAUCGAUUAAUAGUAGUACUAAUCAUCCAAUCACCAGUAGAAAUCGAACACAAUAUUCUACCACUACUACUACUACUACUAAUAAUGCUGGAUCUAUGUUUAUGGUAAAUGAACCACAUAUUUCCGCUUCUAAUAAUUUAGAAUUAUUGAAUCCUUCACGUUCAACAAUUAAUGCUACUACUACUACUACUAAUAAUAAUACUCAACAUGGUUCCAUUGAAUUACCUUACAUUCCGUCACUAUAUCAUACAAGAGAUAAUAGGAAUAUCAGUAAUAAUAACAAUAAUGAUAAUAAUAAUAAUAAUAAUAAUAAUAAUAAUAAUAAUAAUAAUAAUAGCACACAUCCACCGGGAAAUUAUGCACAAGCAACAUUUGUUAAUCAAGUUUUUCAUGGACAAUCAUCUGAUCAAUCAUCGCCUAAUACAAGUCGAUUCAGUUUUAUUUUUUCACCAUUAGACGUUAAUGCACCUCAUGCAUCACAAGAGACUCUAAGUACAGCUACAUCACAAACAUCUAUUCUUCUACUUGGUUCACCAUCUAGUCCAAGAGGUUUUCCAUCAUCGUCUCAAUCUCACAACAACAUGGGUCCGGUAAAUGAUUCAUCAGCACCGAUCAAUUAUGAAACUGAUGACUAUUGUGUCAGUCGAACUGGUACUAUGCUACCAUCAAAUCGUAUGUCAAAUUAGAAAUAAUACAUUAUAAUUUCUAUAUUGUUGUUUAUUUGUUUGUUUGUCUUUAACAUAAUAUUCAUCAUUCAAUACCAAUUAGACUACGGCGAUAAAUACCAACUGCUUCCAAUAUAUUUCCAUACAUUUAUUGUACAACAUGAUAUGUGAUAUUAUUGAUAUUGACAAGGUUUAUUCCAAUUCAUUGUUUCAUUAUCUCCAACCUUAUUUGUUUUCAUAAGUAGCAUUUGUUUAUCAAUCUAUCAAUUGAAAUAAGCAAAACAUUUCGACUGUAUGUAUGUGUGUACGUUUUUACAAUUUCUGUUUGUAUACAGCUCUUUUCUUUUUCGUUUUUCAUAUUAUUGUAUACAUUGUAGAUAAAGGAUAAUAUUUACAUAAACAUACACAUUCAAGACUAAUAUUUCACUCACUUGCACCUAUCAUACCAAUUCUUUUUUUUUCUGUUUACUACUCAUCAUUAACAUCCAUGUACACUCAAUUAUUCCUGUCUGAGUUUCAACUGUUUUACGUCUCUCUCUCUCUGUGUGUGUAUGUGUUUGUACUCAUAUACAUUCUUUUCCUAAAUGUCUAAUCUCUGUCUACGGUGAAUAUAUUUCUUUCGUGAAUGUAGACUUUUUUUUAUCUACCAAAUACUUAAUCAAUUAGUUUUACACUUUAUUUUCUCAUCGAUAUCAGUCAAUGCUACCGAGUGGUUGUUAUUAUUACUAUUAAUAACAGUAUUCUCAAGUGUCCAUGUUCUCAUGUUUACGUCUGUGUAUUUGCAAAAAUUAUAAAAUAAGUUAAAAACUAUUUUCUUUUAGUUCAUUGAUUCCAGUUGUAAAAGAAAAGAAUCCUAGAAUUCAGAUGUAAAUUUAAAUUACAUUCUCUCAUGUAUAUGUGUACAACAUAAGAUAUAUUUUUAUCAAAUUUCCAUUUGAUUGUCUUACAAACAUUGUCUACCUUCCUUUUGUGAAGUUAGUUAUCUUCAGUGUUCUCUCUACCAUUGGUGACACUUUCUGUCUUUGUUUAAUUUGUUCCCUCUCUUUUUUCUCCUAAUCUUGUUUUUUAUUCCUUUCCGUUACUAUAGUGACCUUUUUCACCUCAGUUUCAGGUUACAGAUGUGUACUAGGAAUAAGUGAUUGAGUUAUUUUCAUUCCAUCAUUCAUUUUAUGUGAGCAUAUACCUGAUAUAUAUAUGUAUACGUGUGUGUAUCAGUUUGUGUUUCCAUGUGUUGCGUAUGCGGACCUCAGUGUUUUUGCAAAUGUUCUACUGUUUUGUAUGAUGAAAACGUGUUAUGCAACAUUUGACUAAUAUUUACAUAUAUGUAUCUAUUUGUAAUGUCUUCAUUUUGCUUACUACUUAUUUAGUUAGUUGCUUAAAAAUUUCUAGCGAAAUAGUCUUCCUGUUUACUGUCCUCAUUUUCAGUUUCCAGAUUACUUGUUUAAAUCUGCUAUCACCUAUCUGAUGCCCAACUGAGUAUAUUACAAUUAAAGGAGAGAAAUUUUGUCAUAUGAAAAGUUGAGUAAUGUCAAUAUUAUGCAAUAACUGUUUGCUGUUAUAUGUUGCAAUAUCGUUGUUCCUCCUUUCUAAAUAGUGCAAAACUUGUAAAAUUCUGUGAUUUAAAAAGGGUUUUAAUAUGUACAUUCUGUUGUUCCGAUGAGUUGAGUAGUAUCUAUCUGAACUAAGCAGAUAACGCGUUGGGUGUUUGGAGCGAAAGUUAUUUGAUUCAAGUCCCAAUGUAAACAUCAACACAACACCCAGUUGGCGAAUACCAAAUGAAACAAAAUGUACAUACUGGAUCCUACUGCUAGCCAUUACCCAACGUUACUUAAAAUCUUAUGAUGUCAUGACAAUAUCGAGGUGAUUUUCUCGGGAUAAAAAUUUCAAAAGAGACCGAUCAAUUACAGUCUUUAACAACAGGAUAAUUCAGACCCUUACAAGUGAAAAUGUUCUCGAUUGUUUUCAAAUUUCGGAGUACAUAUAUCCUGUCCAUACACUCGCUUUUAAAACCUCAUAUUCCAUGGGAGAGCUCUAGUAAUAAUAGCCAACUGUUUAAACUGAAAUGCAUGGAACAGGUUUCAAAUGCAAAACCCAAAAGUUGGAUACUUUACUCACUACACCUCACUUACUACUCUGCUUACACUUCAGUCUAUAUAACCAAGUGAUACAUGGUGUAUAUACAGUCCAAUCCACAAAUGUGUAUUAACGUUUUGUAAACGGAAUUUCAGUCAUUACUGUGAUUACUUAAAAUAAAGUUCUAACUUUAAUU